AUGGCGAUCGAGGAUUCGAAGAAGCGCAAAGCGGAAGGAAAGGAUGGCAACGGCGCGUCAGGCUCGGCUCGUCACCACACCAGGUUCGAGGACCCGCCCACGGCGCUCACGGCGCAUCAGGCGCGCAUGCUGGUCGACGUCAUGAAGGACGGCGACGUUCGCGAUGCGCUCGUGAGCGCGGCGAUGUCGCACAGCGCCGUCGCCGACGCGAUCAUGGAGAUCGUGGGUCGCGACUCGCAGCAGCGGCGAAUCUUCGUGCGCGGGCUCGACUUCAACACCACCAACGAGACGCUUCGCCGAAUCUUCGAGUCCUUCGGCAACGUGGAGGACCUUCAGAUUAUCAAGGAGAAAGGGACGGGUCGCUCGCGCGGCUUCGGCUUCGUCACCUACCGCUCGCUGCGCGGCGCCAUUCGCGCCUUGGAGGAGCCCUCCAAGCUCGUCGACGGACGAAUGGUCGUCUGCCAGCUGGCGACGCUCGGCCCGGGCGGCGGCUCGGCGAGCGCUGACGUGGCGGCGCGGAAGAUCUUUGUCGGGAACGUCCACGUGGAGCUGUCGUCCGAGCAGCUGCUGUCGUUCUUCUCGCAGUACGGAGAUAUCGAGGAGGGGCCGAUCGGAUUCGAUAAGAGCACGAGUAAGAGCCGCGGGUACGCGAUCUUCGUUUAUAAGACCGCGGAAGGUGCGCAGAAUGUUCUGCAGGAGCCGAAUAAGAUCAUUCACGGGCAUCAAGUGUUUUGCAAGCUCGCCGGGGAAAACAGAGGCAAGCAGCAGCAGCAGCAGCAGCAGCAGCAGCAGCAGCAGCAGCAGCAGCCGGGGUUAAUGAUGCUACCAGGGGUGGCGGAGGCGGAGCAGCAGCAGGGGUAUCCGCAAAUGGUGUUUUAUGGGGGGGACGCGCAAGCCGCCGCUUACGCCGCAUACGCGCAGCAGGCGCAGGCGCAGCAGUUCCAGGCGGUUCCACAGCAGCAGCAGAUGUACCAGGUGGCGGACGUGUACGCGCAGCAGGCGCAGGCUCAGGCGCAAGCGCAGGCACAGGCACAGGUGCAGGCGCAGGCGCAGGCACAGGCGCAGGCGCAAGGGCAAGUUGCGCUGCAAGCGCAGUACUACCAGCAAGCGCCCGCUGCCGCCGCGUACCAGCAGCAGGUAGCUGGUUACCAGCAGCAGGCCGCAGCUGGUUACCAACAACAGGCCGCGGCUGGUUACCAGCAGCCCGCAGGUGGUUAUCAGCAGGUCGCAGCUGGUUACCAACAGCAGCCUGUGUACGUAACCCCUUCUGUUGCCGCCCCAACUCUCGCAGCCCCCCCCGCCGCCCCCCAAGCGGCGCAGUUGCAGCCUGCGCCUGCUGCGCCCUCCCCCCAGGGUUACCCCGCCCUCCCCCUUCCUUGUAGAGAACCAAGCCUACCCUCCUCCCACAUUCCAGAUCGUCACUGCCCUCCAAAUGACCCAUCCACCCCACCUUAUGGCACCUCGCCCCACCUCGCCUCACCUCGCCCCAUCCGCCCCAACUCGCCCCAACUCGCCCCAACUCGCCCCACCUCACCCCACCUCGCCCCACCUCGCCCCAACUCGCCCCACCUCGCCCCACCUCGCCCCACGCCGCCUCACCUCGCCCCAACUCGCCCCAUCCGCCCCAACUCGCCCCACCUCGCCCCACCUCGCCCCACCUCGCCCCAACUCGCCCCACCUCGCCCCACGCCGCCUCACCUUGGGGCACAUGAGGUUGGUGCAGCGCAGAUCGUCACUGGCAGUCAAAUCCAGAUGCUGCUUACAUGCCAUGUGGCAGCAGCAGGCGGUGUGCAGGGGAAAGGGUGA